AUGGGCAAGUGGGAUUCGCUGACCCCGAAGGCCAUCGCCAACAGGAUGAAAGCCAAGGGGCUUCAGAAGCUGCGCUGGUACUGCCAGAUGUGCCAGAAGCAGUGCCGGGACCAGAACGGCUUCAAGUGUCACUGCACAUCCGAGUCCCACCACAGGCAGCUCCUGCUGGCCGCAGCGGGGCCUCAGAAGUUCGUGGCUUCUUUCUCCGAGGAAUUCCGAAGCGGCUUUCUCGAGCUCCUCCGGAGGCGCUUCGGCACCCAGAGGGUCCACAACAACGUCGCCUACGACGAGUACAUCCGCCAGCGAGAGCACGUCCGCAUGAACGCCACCCGGUGGGAGACGCUCACCGACUUCACCAAGGGGCUGGGCAGGGAGGGGCUGUGCCAAGUGGAGGAGACCCCCAAAGGCUGGUUUAUUCGGUAUAUAGACAGGGACCCCAGAGCCAUCCUCUGGCAGCCGCAACUAGAGAAAAAGCAGCAUCUUGACGAGGAGGGGAGAACAGCCAGAUACAUGGAAGAACAAGUGAGAAGAGGUCUGGCGGGAAAAGAGCAGGAGGUCCCCGCUUUUACCGAGCUAAGCAGAGAAAAGGAAGAAGUCACCUUUGAUCUGAAUAAGGGAGCGGGCAGCUCGGCGGGGACCACCUCCAAAUCCAGCCCUUUGGGACCAAGUGCCUUGGCCGCACUAGGGCCUGUGGCAUCGGCCAAGCGGAAACGAUCUUCGCAGAGCUCAGCUCCGCCCAAGAAGAAAAAGUCUGCCCUGCAAGAAAUUAUGGAGACUGAAAUAAAGAACAAUUCCCAGACAGGUGACUGGCUGCAGCCGGAAAUCAUUGUGAAAAUCAUCACCAAAAAGCUGGGCGAUACAUAUUACAAGCAGAAGGGUGUUGUGGCAGAAGUGAUUGAUGGGUCCACAGCUGUGGUGAAGAUGAUCCACUGCGGGGAUAAGCUGAAGCUGGACCAGACUCACUUGGAAACCGUCAUUCCCGCGCCAGGAAAGAGAAUCCUAAUUUUAAAUGGAGGCUACAGGGGAAAUGAAUGUACCCUGGAAUCCAUCGAUGAGAAGGCAUUUUCAGCUGCUGUGGUCAUUGAAACUGGCCCUUUCAAAGGACACAGAGUUGAAGGACUUCAAUAUGAAAACAUUUCUAAACUUGCCAAAAUGUGA